GGACCGCCACCACCGCUGAAUCGGUUUCUUGGAUCCAGCGAGCUUAUCGUUAGCGUCGAAGUAGAAAAUGGUCCUGUUCUUUACUUCCAACGCGACGACCCCGCCCGCGGUCAUCUACAUGGGCAAGGACAAGCACGAGAAUGAGGACUUGAUCAAGUACGCGUGGCCACAGGAUGUGUGGUUCCACGUCGACAAGCUCUCCUCAGCGCACGUCUACCUACGGAUGCCCGAUGGGAUGACAUGGGAGGCCAUCCCGGAGGCACUCCUGACAGACUGCGCGCAACUUGUUAAAGCCAACUCCAUCGAAGGCAAUAAAAAGGACAACAUAACGAUCAUCUACACGCCCGGAGAUAACCUCAAGAAAUCGGGCGACAUGGCCGUCGGGCAAGUCUCCUUUCAUAGCGACAAACGCGUCAAGCGCGUGCACGUUCCCAAGCGCGAAAACGUCAUCGUCAAUCGAUUGAACAAGACCAAGGUCGAGCGAGAAGUGGACCACGAGAACGAAAAGGUUGAGCGCAUCAAGAAGGAAAACGCCGUCAAGCGAGCCGCUGCAGCCGCUAAGAAAAAGGCUGAUGCAGAACUUGCGAAGGCUCGGGAAGCAGAAAAGGCAGCACGGUCGUACGACAACCUCUUCUCCGGCGACGACGAGGACGAGAUCCCGGAACCGAAGCGGUCAGUGCAGGAGAUGAUGGACGAUUUCAUGUAGGACGAUACGAGCGCGCGUCAUGACUCCUCGAGUCCUCCCAUUCAUACCAAACAUCCCUCGAACAUGGUGCGCACGGUCUCUUACUAUUUCAAUCGGGGCGGAUACAUAUACAACAGUGGGGAAAACAACGAAAAAGUAGAAGCAGCACUGGCGGUGAUGUGAUUCGUUUUACAAGCUGUCGG